GGUCAUGUAGGGAUCCCACCCCUUCUCUGUGUUUUCACUCUGAAGCGCUACACAACUUUACACCUGAAUGAACGCCAAACCUCUGUGGAUAUAUAAAGGGAACAUUAAGGAGGAAUUUCACAGUUACAGUGCAGAAGCAGAGGGAAAGGAAUUAUUAACCAGCUCCUCAGCCAAGCAAAUCCUCUACUCACCAUGCUUCCUCCUGCCAUUCAUUUCUAUCUCAUUCCCCUUGCAUGCAUCCUAAUGAAAAGCUGUUUGGCUUUUAAAAAUGAUGCCACAGAAAUCCUUUAUUCACAUGUGGUUAAACCUGUUCCAGCACACCCCAGCAGCAACAGCACGUUGAAUCAAGCCAGAAAUGGAGGCAGGCAUUUCAGUAACACUGGACUGGAUCGGAACAGAAAAAAAAGCUGGAGGAGUCAGCAUCAUUUCCAGCUGUUUCCAGGUGCAUUUAUUCCCAAGGCAGCUACAGGAAGGUAGAGUUCAAGUGGGCUGUCGGGAACUGCGUUCCACCAAGUAUAUCUCUGAUGGCCAGUGCACCAGUAUCAGCCCUCUGAAGGAGCUGGUGUGUGCUGGUGAGUGCUUGCCCCUGCCAGUGCUCCCUAACUGGAUCGGUGGAGGCUAUGGAACAAAGUACUGGAGCAGGAGGAGCUCCCAGGAGUGGAGGUGUGUCAAUGACAAAACGCGCACGCAGAGGAUCCAGCUGCAGUGCCAAGAUGGCAGCACACGCACCUACAAAAUCACGGUGGUCACGGCCUGCAAGUGCAAGAGGUACACCCGGCAACACAACGAGUCCAGCCACAACUUCGAGAGCGUGUCCCCGGCCAAGCCAGCGCAGCAUCACAGAGAGCGGAAGAAAGCCAGCAAAUCCAGCAAGCACAGCAUGAGUUAGAACUCAGACUCUCAGACUGGACUAACUAGUUAACCAUCUGCUUUACAGAUUUGAUUGCUUGGAGGACUCUGCCUGCCAUUGCUAUUUUCUCACUUGAAAGUCUAUGCUUUCUGCUUUGAUCAAACCCAGAAAGCUGUCCUAAGUAUCAGGACCUUCUCUGGGAAAAGGUUUUCCUUUUCAAGUUUUUCAAGAUGUAUGAGUGCAAUUUGCAUUUAAAUUCCACUCCUUCUGUAGUUUUAAUUCCCUAUCAUUCUUAAAAGAUUAUUGAUACUACAUACAUGCUGAAUCAUAACAGAUUAAAGGAGAAAAGGGCCUUUCUUGCUCUCCAUUCCCUAGCCCCUCCCCCUCCCUUCAAAACAGAAGGGUUUUUUUUUUUUUUUUAAAUGUUGCCACUAAUCUUCACAGCAACAUUUCAGAAAGGUGCUUUUUCAGUAAUUUUCAUGGGAACAAUUUAGCAGCCAUGAGUGAUCUUCCUUUGAAAGAGCGAGGAAGACCUUGUGACAUUUCACUUCAAAAAUAAGCCCUGUAGCUUUCUACAGUUUCAUAGUAUGAAAUUAUCCCCUGCAUGCUGACCCUCACUUGGAAUGGAAUGCCAGGAAUGCAUGACAGCAGCUAAUAAGUAAAGCUGAUUAUUUAUUUGUCAAUGUUAUUAUUUAAUGAGCUUUCACAUGUGAUUUUUUCAAAAUAUUAAUUUUUUUAUGUUUUGCAACUUUUCAUGUACCUAAAUAUUUUCCUGUGUGAUUUGUGUUUGAUCUAGAAAUAUAAAAAUACAUGUAGAUAUGUAAAAUAAAUAUUUUAGUCUCUUUAUUACACAUAUUUCAUCAUGAACUUUACAAUAGUAUGGAUCUUUUUAAAUUAAUAACAUGCUUUGUAAAGCUGAAAAGUGUAAUACUUCUUACUUAGUCUGUGCAAUCAGAAGGUAACUUGACUUUCUAUUCUAUUGGUUUCUUUUAACAAAAUUAAACACUGUUAAAAGUUA